AUGGUCCACGGACAUAGCCACGACGGAGCUCCGUGUUCGGGACACCAUGGAGAGGAAAGUGGAUCCCGUGUUCCAAAUCCUCAGGACAUGCAUGCGCUCCGUGCGGCUGGGGUUGAUGUCUCAAGCUUGCCAAACAUUCCAACGGCACCACGCGAUCUCGAAGAGGCACGUACGAAGAGCUUCCAAUUCUGGAGCACUCAACCAGUGCCACAUAUGGACGAGAGAGUGCCAGCCGAUGUGAAUUGUGCCAUCGAGGAAAACAUUCCCCUCGACAAGGUUCGUGCCGAACCAUUCUCGCUUCCAGCCGGUUUCCGUUGGUCGAAUGUCGAUCUCAACGAUGCGGAUCAACUCAACGAACUCUACAAUCUCCUUACCAAAAACUACGUAGAGGAUGACGAUUCGAUGUUCCGCUUCGACUACUCGGCCGACUUCUUGAAAUGGGCUCUCCAAGUCCCGGGACAUCGUCAAGAAUGGCAUUGUGGAGUUCGUGCUGAUAGCAACAAUCGCCUGUUGGCAUUCAUUGGAGCUGUACCACAGACAGUGCGCGUCUAUGAUAAGACAGUGAAAAUGGUAGAGAUCAACUUCCUGUGCGUUCACAAAAAUCUUCGUUCUCGUCGUGUCGCUCCGGUUCUCAUUCGUGAAAUCACUCGUCGUGUCAAUGUUACUGGUGUUUUCCAAGCGGCUUUCACCGCCGGAAUCGUAAUUCCGAAGCCAGUUUCCAUCUGUCGUUACUACCAUCGAUCACUCAAUCCACGGAAGCUCAUCGAUGUCCGCUUCUCUCAUCUCUCCGCAAAGAUGACUAUGGCUCGCACCAUCAAACUCUACAAACUUCCGGAGGAGACGGCGACUCGCAGUCUUCGUGAAAUGACACGUGCCGACGUCCCACAAGUAUUCAAACUGUUGACUAACAGUUUGAAACAAUACUCGUUAGCACCGGUCUAUACCGAUGAAGAGGAAUUGGCUCAUGCUCUUGUUCCAAGAAAGACUGUUGUCUAUUCAUACGUUGCUGAGAAUCACAACGGAAAGAUCACUGACCUAAUCUCAUUCUACUCUCUCCCAUCGACCGUAAUGGGAAAUGCGAAUCACAAAACCAUCUUCGCCGCCUAUCUCUACUACUAUGUUGCUGGGUCAGUUUCAGUCAAGCAACUCAUCAAUGACGCCUUGAUUCUUGCCCAUCGUGAGAAGUUUGAUGUCUUCAAUGCUCUCGAUUUAAUGCAUAACGAUAAAAUCUUCGCGGACCUCAAGUUCGGAAAAGGAGACGGAAAUCUUCAGUACUAUUUGUACAACUGGAAGUGCGCUGACAUGAAGCCAUCUCAAAUCGGACUCGUUCUUCAAUAA